UUCUCCCGAACAGCUGUGAUACGAAAACAAUACUUUUUUUUUUACUUUUCAAUACAUUGGGUAUUCUUGUACUUUUCCACGAUGUCGGCGAACGAGAAGUGUUUACACAUCUCGCGGCUACACCACCGUCCCCUGAAGGCGUUCCGCGUGUGCUUCCUGCGCAACGGAGAUCGUCACUUCGCAGGCCUCAACAUGGCCAUCUCCAUGACCCACCUCAAGCACUUCGAGACCCUGCUGGAGCAGGUGACCGUGGCCAUGCGCCGCCACGUGGUGCUGCGGUCGGCCAUCACGAGCAUCCUGCACAUUGACGGCUCCGCCCUGACCCAGCUGAGUGGCAUCGGCGAGGGCGACAUGCUCAUCUGCUGCUGCCAGUACGAGGAGAUGAUCGACAUGGAGUACCGGGUCAACAAGGACUUCCUCAGGCUGCGGAACCUGCAGAACCGCUUCGACGGGAGGAGGAUCUAUGGCGACACCCUGGAGAGGGUCAAGCCCACGGAUCUGCCAGAGGCCAUUCGCCAGGAGCACAAGAACCUGCAGCCCCUGGUUCAAAACCCCAGGACGGUGAUCUUUUGCGGUUUUGCCAAGAUCACUGGGACCAAGCGCGUCGUGAAGAUGGUGAACAAGCAGUACAUGGAGCACAACAGCGACGAUCCCUAUAUAGAGGGCGAGGCACUGCGCAUCCUCAAAUCCCAUCCAAAUAUCGUGGAAAUGCUGUACUCGGUGAGGGAUGAGAGGCAUCUGUAUAUGGUCAUGGAGUUCCUAGAGUGGGACGUCGACGAGGUGAUCCAGGUGUUCGGUCCCAUGUCGGUGGCGAAUGCCCGAAAGGUAACCAAGGAUGCAGCAGAGGGCUUACUGUAUAUGAGGAAAAAGGAGCUGGUGCAUCGGGACAUCAAGCCCGCCAAUCUUCUGAUAAGGUAUUCAUGCGAAACUGGCGUGGGAACGGUGAAGAUCACGGACUUUGGCAUGAGCGCCUACUACAAGGGCUGGAAGCUGUACUGCUGCUGUGGCACCCCCGGCUACAUGGCUCCGGAAAUGAUUGGCGUGCGCGGCUACGACUACCAGGUGGACGCCUGGUCACUGGGCGUCUCGCUCUUCCGCAUGCUCUAUGAGGAACUGCCCUAUGCCUAUAGCUACCAGACCCUCACCGAGAUGUAUGCGGCCAUCAUGGGCAGCGCACCCGGCUAUCCCCAGGAAAUGGUGGAGCACACCGAUCCGGAGGCCAAGGAGUUGAUGGAUGCCUUGCUCGUGAAGAAUCCCAGGAGCAGACUCACCAUCGACGGGGUGGUGAAACACCCAUUCUUACUCCAUUAGUUUCGUUAACACAUUUGUCAAAAUUCACAGUGCUUCCGGGUUUGUUGGGGUUUCCUGAAAAUUGCAAAUGUUACCAUUGAGGUUAGAGGUUGUUAGAAUACACAUUAAAAUUCGUAGCAAACUAAGGAUUGUUUGGGUUUCCCAUUGGGCAUAAAACCCGAGUCCUAAAUUAUUAAAUUUACAUUUUUUGUUACCUAAUUUCUUAACAUUUUUGAUACUCUCAGGUUUGUUUAGCUUUUGCAUAGAUUAUAAUAGUCUCAAAAU